UUCAGCUGUCUCGUUCCAGCGGGGCUUAGCCUCUAAACAACACUGAUACUCUGCUCAGAUGGCAAACAGAGUGAGCUGCACCAAUAAGCAACACUGAAGUGAAAGAUGAAGAUAUGAGCCCAGAGGAGGAGCCAGAGUAUCAGACACCGCCCACCUGCGAUCUGCUCAGCCGUCUGCUGAAGAACAGACGCCCCACUGGAGCUGUCAACGAGGUUUGGCCCAACCUCUACAUCGGAGACGCGGCCACAGCUCAGCACAAGACCCUGUUAGUGGAUCUGGGAAUAACACAUGUGGUGAAUGCUGCAGAUGGCCCCCAGCACAUUGACACAGGGCCACAUUUCUACAAAGACACCAACAUACAAUACCAUGGCGUGGAAGCACCAGACUGUAAAGACUUUGACUUGAGCCCAUUCUUCACUGAGACGGCUGAUUUCAUUCAUGGUGCUCUGAAUCAGAAAGGUAAGGUGCUCGUCCACUGUGCACGAGGAAUCAGCCGCUCAGCGACUUUAACGCUGGCCUUCCUCAUGAUCAAAGAAAGACUUAACCUCGUAGAGGCUGUGGAGGCCGUUCGCAGGCACAGAAACAUCCUUCCAAAUGUUGGAUUUCUGAAUCAGCUCUGUCAGCUGGACUCUUCUUUGGCUCUGCAGAGGAAACAACACAACAUCAAGGAGUGAAGAAAUAUCUAUCUAUCUAGCUAUCAAUCCAGCAUUGCUUCUGACUUGACUUGAACUGUCUCAAAUGACCUUUGACUUUACUUGAUGUAAUCUUGAAUGACUUGUGUCUUGACUUGGACUUGUCUCAAAUGACUUGACAUGAAAAAAACCCCACAAAUCUACUGUGAGCUGGUUUUCAUAUUGAACAGAAAGAUUUGAAACCACUGGCUGUUUGCAAUGUCGGGAAAAACAGAUCAAAUAAAUGUGUACAGCAUGUGAAAAACAGUCAGCAAAAAUGCAAAGUACACGUGAAUUGUAGUUAAGGAGUUGAAACAUACAGAAACACUGCUGUGGUCACAAACACAGCACAAUCGAUAUCACAGAGGCCAUUAAAACAAAUGUAGCAUGACUCCCCCCCCCACUGCUCUUGAACAUCACAAAGACAGUGUACACCUAUAAAUAAACAAUGCUCCACUUAUAUAUUCACAUUUCUCAAA